GAGGUUGCUCUACGGCUUCAGCCUAACCUCUAACCGCCGCUGCACUUCUCAUGAUCAAGUUCCAAUACCAGACCUUUCGCGGUAGAACCAAUGCGAAUCUCCGCCCCUUUUCUGAUUCCAUGGCUGUUCUCACCUCCGACGUUGUUAAUCCCCAGCUCCACCCCCAUCGGACCGCGCAUUCGAACCCCAUUCCGCAUUUGCAGGCACAAGAACAACCGGAAAAAUCCCAACUUCCUCGCCUAUUGGACCCAAAAUCUUGCAUCGUGACCCUGCUGAACUGCAAGGACGUUUCUCAGAUCAGACAGGUGCACACCCAAAUAGCCCGCAGUGGGAUGCUCCAGAACAUCGCCGUCGUGAACAAGCUCCUGUACAUAUACACCCGCCACGGAGCUCUGAAGGACGCUGGCUCCCUGUUCCACUCGAUGUUUGAGAAAGAUGCUGUGUCCUGGAGCGUGAUGGUCGGUGGUUACGCCAAGCUGGGCGAUCAUUCGGACAGUUUCAGGACUUUCAGGGAGCUCAUUAGGUCCCGGACGACCCCGCUUGAUAAUUUUACGUUGCCUAUGGUGAUAAGAUCUUGUCGGGCUUGUUCUGACUUAAGAACAGGCAGUGUGGUCCAUGGGGUUGCCUGGAAGAAUGGGUUGAGCUCGGACCACUUCGUGUGUGCAGCCCUUGUGGAUUUUUAUGCCAAAUGUGGGGCUUCUGAGACCGCUCGGAAGCUCUUCGAUGAAAUGUCCCAGAGGGACCUUGUGACGUGGACUGUGAUGAUUGGCUCUUAUGCAAUGACCGGGAAUGCGGGCGAAGCUCUGUAUCUGUUCGAACAAAUGAGAUAUGUCGGUAUUUCCCCCGAUAAGAUUGCAAUGGUCGCAGUUGUUAAUGCCUGCGCCAAAUUCGGCGCCCUGAAUAAAGCUAGACAAGUGCAUGAUUACAUAACUGAGAACAAUCUCUCUAUAAAUGUGAUAUUAGGCACCGCCAUGAUCGAUAUGUAUGCCAAGUGCGGCAGCAUAGUCGCUGCGAGGGAGAUUUUCGAUCACAUGAAGGACAAGAAUGUGAUCACGUGGAGCGCCAUGAUUGCUGCUUACGCAUACCAUGGAGAAGGUAGGAGAGCCCUGGACUUAUUCCCGGAGAUGCUGAGCAGUGGAAUAGCACCCAAUAAAAUAACAUUCGUAUCUCUCUUAUAUGCUUGUAGCCACUCGGGCUUAGUCGAUGAUGGACUUCGGGUGUUCUCUCUAAUGCGGGAGGUUCACAAUGUCCAACCGGAUGUUAAGCACUACACUUGUGUAGUCGACAUAUUGGGCCGAGCUGGGAGGUUUGACGAGGCUUUGAAAUUAAUCGAAGAAAUGGACGUCGAGAAGGAUCAAGGGCUGUGGGGUGCUUUGCUCGGGGCAUGUAGGAUGCACAAGAAGGUAGAACUGGCGGAGAAGGCUGCCAAGGUCCUUCUUGAGGCGAAAUCCAUCAAUCCGGGACACUAUGUCCUGCUUUCAAAUAUAUAUGCAAAUGCAGGCAGGUGGGAGGAAGUGGCAUGGGUUCGGCACCUGAUGACCCAGAGGAAGCUGAAGAAGCUUCCCGGGUGGACUUGGAUCGAAGUGGGAGAUAAGGUCUAUCGAUUUGGGGCGGGAGCUCGAGACCACCCUCAGGCUGAGGAGAUCUAUGCGUCCCUUGAGAGUUUGCGAAAGAGAUUGGAGUUGGCAGGGUAUGUUCCAGACACAGAUUGUGUCCUGCACGACGUGGAAGAUGAAGUAAAGGCAGGGAUGUUGUCAACUCAUAGUGAGAAACUGGCCAUCGCUUUCGGGGUCCUCGUGACACCCCUGGGGAGCUCCAUUAGGAUCACAAAGAAUCUGAGGGUCUGCAUAGACUGUCAUACAUUCUGCAUGUUCGUGUCGAGUGUUACAGCUAGGGAGAUCAUAGUCCGAGAUUCAAGUAGGUUUCAUCACUUCAAGGAGGGUAGUUGUUCUUGUGGGGAUUACUGGUGACGACUGAAGUUCCUUAAUGUCAUAAUUCCCGAGAUCCAGUACUGGCUGCUGCGCAUGGUGUACAAACGUAAAUGCCAUCUGAAAAUUUGAGAGGAUCGCAGUUAACUAAACUAAAAACUUAAACUUUUCAGAUGAAAGCAUCGAGUAAAGCAUUCGGAUUGUGCCA